AUGGAUUUUAGGGACGAGUCGGUCAUCCUGAAUCGGGCUGUAAUUGAUCUUGACUUUGGACUCUGCAUAAACGGAUGGUGCGUCUUUGGGAAACGCAGGUUGACCGUUCAUCCAAAUCCCGUCCACAUGCUGGAGAACCAAAGAGUUGACACCCGGUCCCAAGUGGAUCAUUGCUUUGAAAUGGCCAUUGUACACUUCAUAAUACUGUACGUUAAACUUGUCGUUAAAAAUGGCAAGCAGCCCAUUUCGAGGCACAGAAGUCUGUCCCUUGAGAAUGUAAACAGGGACUUGCAGUUGAAGCUGUUCAGGUGGAAGGUUCUCAAAUUGGAACGACAUUAUUUAUAG